CCCCGCUCCUGGCUGAGCGGCCGCUGUUAUCCCCCGGCACACACACGGCCUGGGCCCCGGGGAUUGUCCGGCCCGGCUCUCCCUGCACCGAGACCUCCGCUGAGGAUGCAGGACCCCAAAAGACAAGAUGAAAUGGUCGCUAGCUUGGGCCUUUCCACCAGACAGGCUCUGACAGUACUGCAUAACCAGCUCACAGUAAUCCUGGAAGAGCACCAGAAGCAGCAGAGAAAGAAGGGCUCUUGGAAGGAUGUAUGGUUUAAGGGUUUCCUUAACCUGAGUAACCGAUCCUCCAGCUUCCACUGGCCUGGAGCAGCUCUUAUGCUGUUGGCUGCCAUUUUGCUGCUGUGUUGCUUUGAAAGUGAACCAAAUGGAAGCCAGGGCACCGCAGUACUGAAUGCUGCAGUGUUGUUCCUACUCCUUUUCCUCAACCUAUACGUGAUUGGGAGACAAGGAAGACUGAAAAGAGGUGAAGUUGUAGCCAGACUACAAGCAAUCAUCAAUAAACUGAAUGAAGCACUUCUGAGUUGUGAGGAACUGAGAUGGGAGGAUGCAUUGUACCCAGAUCUCUUUAUGCCCUCUGCUCCAUCCUGGUCACUCCACUGGGCCUACAGAGAUGGACAUUUGAUCAAUCUUCCAGUCUGCUUAUUGGUGGAAGGUGACAUCAUUGCCCUUAGACCUGGCCAGGAGUCUUUUGCUUCUUUAAGAGGAAUUAAGGAUGAUGAGCACAUCGUACUGGAGCCUGGUGAUUUGUUUCCCCCGUUUUCCCCCCCACCUACACCCAGGGGAAAAGGAAAGAAAGGACCUGAGACUCCUCAGCAGCACAGACACUUUAGAGUAGUGAGAACUCCAGUUCUUGAAAAUGUCAGGCGCAGUCUGGAUCUUGCACUAUCUCGGCCUGUCACCGCACUUGACAAUGAGCGGUACACGGUACAGUCAGCAAUGGAGAAAUACACAGUUCCUUUUGUUCUAGCUUUGUUUCUGAUUACAAACGCUGUGCGUUAUGCACUCAAAGCCCCCGGAAUUGGCGAUUGGCAGUUCACUUUCUUCCAGCUUCAGGUGAAUGGGGUUCUGCCUAUCCUUCCGUUGCUCUUCCCUGUGGUGUGGGUACUUGUCACAGCAUAUGGAGAGGCAAGAGUCCUGGCUCAAUUCAGCAAGGCUCCCCCAGUUGGUCUGCUAGCAAAAUUCUCCGAGGACACUCUGAGCAGCUACACUGAAGUAGUUUCUUCAAAGGAAAUGAUGUUUUGCAUCUGGAGUCACUUUCUGUCUCUGCUGCGAGGAAGGUCCCUUACCCUCUGCUACACUUCCAGUCUGCUUCAGAACCUGGGUUCUGUUACAGUGCUUUGCUGUGUGGACAAGCAAGGGAUACUGUCGUGGCCUAAUCCUAGUCCAGAAACUGUAUUGUUCUUUAGUGGACGUGUGGAACCACCCCAUGACAGCCUAGAGGACCUGAAGGAUGACUUGUCCAUGAGGUCCUUUCUUCACCCAGAGAUGGAAGAGGAGAAGGAUGAGCCCAAGGAGGCUGACGCUCUGUUGCCCACCACUGGUCUGGAGUUUGUACACGUCACUAAUGAGAUGGGACAGGACAAAGAUGAGAAGACUGAAAGCACUCCACGAUCAAGGAAGCGCAGUGAGAAUCGACGGUGCAAGCACCUGUCAGGUUCCAAUGUCAGCUUCAGCAAAGACACGGAAGGAGGAGAGGAUGAUACAACGCAGGUGAGUGGUAUUGGUGAAGACCUGGGCCUGGAAGCGGAAGAUUACAUCUGUGAUUAUCAUUUAGAAAUGUUGAGCCUAUCACAAGACCAGCAGAAUCCGGCUAGUAUUCAGUUUGAUGACUCAAAUUGGCAAUUUCACAUCUCCUCACUGAAACCACUGGGCCUCAAUAUCCUCCUCAACUUGUGCUACUCCACCGUCACUGAGCAGAUGUGCCGCUUCUCUGACCACCUGUCCAAUAUCGCCCUGCAGGAAACAUCAGGUGCAGCCAUGCCCAUUCACAUUCCUUGGGGGCUCUGUGAAUUAGCCAGACUCAUAGGCUUUACCCCUGGAGCCAAAGAACUGUUCAAGCAAGAGAAUCAUCUGACCAUGUACCAACUUCCGACAGCAGAAACGGUGAAGGAACCAGUGCCACAGAGACUGUUGUAUGUAACCAAGAGACGACCACCUCUCAGUCACAUGAUGAGCCUUUUUGUGAGAGAUACAUUGACCAAUAGCGUCCAGAUGCUGUCUCAUGGCACAGCUGACCUUAUCUUGGAGGCCUGCACAGAUUUUUGGGAUGGAACAGAUAUUUAUCCACUCUCCGGCUCUGACAGGAAAAAAGUGCUUGAUUUUUACCAACGUGCCUGUCUGUCCGGCUAUUGCUCAGCUUUCGCCUAUAAACCAAUGCAUUGCACCCUGUCCUCGGAACUGAAUGGCAAAUGCAUUGAAUUGGUCCAGGUGCCAGGUCAAAAUGCCAUCUUCACUUCCUAUGAUUUACCAGGAACCACACCCAUUAAACAUGGCAGCAGGCGGAACAGCUGGAGCUCUGAUGAAGGGAUAGUGGAAGUGAUGGAGAAGGAAGACUGCAUCCAGGCUUUGAGUGGACAGAUCUUCAUCGGAAUGGUCUCCUCCCAGUAUCAGGCUCGGUCUGACAUAGUCCGGCUAAUCGAUGGGCUUGUCAAUGCAUGCAUCAGGUUCGUCUACUUCUCCCUGGAAGAUGAAUUAAAAAGCAAGGUGUUUGCCGAGAAGAUGGGCUUAGAAACCGGGUGGAACUGCCAUAUUUCUCUGCUACCAUACAGCGGAGGUCCUGGUUCAGAGAUCCCACAGUCCAGCCCAAGCCACACAGGCUCUCUGCGUGACGACCUUCCUCAGGAUUCAAAGGACGAUGCAGAGGGAGCUUUAUUAAUGGAAGAAGAAAGACACUCUGAUCUCAUUAGCUUCCAACCAACGGACAGUGAUGUGCCCAGCUUUCUGGAAGAUCAUAACAGGGCUAAACUGCCGCGAGGGAUCCAUCAGGUGCGGCCUCAUCUCCAGAACAUUGAUAAUGUGCCUUUACUGGUCCCUUUGUUCACAGACUGCACUCAAGACACAAUGUGUGAAAUGAUGAAGAUCAUGCAAGAGUACGGGGAGGUGAUCUGCUGCCUGGGCAGCUCUGCCAACUUCAGGAAUAACUGCCUUUUUCUGCAGAGUGACAUUGGCGUUGCACUGGAUCCACUUUACCCAUCUCGAUGUUCCUGGGAGACCUUUGGCUAUGCCACCAGUGCCAAUGUUUCAUUUGAUUCUGAUGAGUUUACACCUCUGCAAUUAGCUGGCCUCUUGAAUAGCCUGCCCUGUUCCAUUUCCUUUCACCAGGAGGAGAGUAUCAGCAUCAUCAAGCUCAUUGAACAGGCUCGGCACACGACGUAUGGAAUCAGGAAAUGCUUCCUGUUUCUAUUACAAUGUCAGCUUACUUUAGUCUUCAUUCAGUUUUUGGCCUGUCUGGUUCAGCUGCCUCCACCACUCAGCACCACUGACGUUCUCUGGCUGUCCUGCUUCUGCUACCCAUUGCUGAGUGCUGCACUGUUGGGGAAGCCUCCAGAUAGUUCCGUGAUGACAGUAGCAACAGGAAAGAACUUUGUAUUCAUUCCAAAAAAGACUCAGCAGCACUUUCUAGUGUGCUUCUUCAUCAAGUUCAGCAUCACUAUUUUUGCCUACCUCAUUUGCUUUGGGUUCAUGCUGCAGGAAUUUUGUAAAAAGUCCAAUUCCUUCAAUGUUACCAACUGCACAUCUAUAAUGAACAGUUCUGCAGACGGAGCACCCAUUUGGUUCGGCAAGUAUUCCAAUGGCUUAUUGCUGGCGCAGAAGGUUAUGGCCUGUUUCAUUGUUCUGCACACAGUAUGUAUUUCCAUCAGCCAUGUUCAUCGGUCCAAAACACUGUGGAGGAAAAGCCCUUUCAGCAACUUAUGGUGGUGUUUCACUCUUCCUGUAGUGAUAGUAGGCCAAAUCAUCCUGGUGGUGGUGGAUUUAAAACUCUGGAAGAAUACGGACACCCUGUUGAUAUUUGAUCUACAGGAUAUCCCAUUGAUCUCCUGGCUCAUUGGCUUUCUGUCUGUCAUUCUCGUAAUGUUUGUUAAUGAAGUGGUCAAGUUACAUGAGAUUCGAGUACGAGACCGUUAUCAGAAAAGACAGAAGCUACAGUUUGAAACUAAGCUGGGAAUGAAUUCUCCGUUCUAAAGCUGGGACUGGUGCUAGAGAGCCACGUGGACAACUACAGGAGAGCUCCUCAACUGACUUAGUUAGGUCAGGGCGUUCAGUCUGCACUGGACCACCAGGCCCAGAUUACUACUGCAUGAAGACUACAGAAGCUGCCAGUCUUGUGUCAAAUGAAAGAUUUUUGCAGAACCCCUCAGACAUAUGAACAGGCUCGAAAGAUACAAAAUGCAGUGCUUUAGGAAAUGGUACCUGGAAAUGCAUAAGUGAAAAGGAAAAGAACACAAGACUUCUAAAAUUGAUGUACUCUGCUGUAAAGCCUGAUUACCUACCUCCAGUCACUGGAGAGAGCAUGACAUUAAUAUGUGCGGUCUCUUUUCACUCUGUCUCUCUGUUGGGCUGUGGAGCCCUGUAGUUGCAUCACAGUGACAGCACGAGGAACUAUUGCUUCAGCAAAGGAUAUAGUGAGUUGUAGCUUCACAGGAAAAUUGCAAAAGCUGCCAAUGAUUUUGUCUUUGCUGGUUUGGGGGAAUUUGAAGCCCCUUACCCCCUAAGCCAGACAGCGUUCACUGAUAUAAUAACCCGUGUUAGUGACCUUCACUGUUAAAAGUGUCUUAUAGAGCAGGAGUCGAAACUUUAUCCAACACCAGGUUUUAAAUUUCAUCUCCCCUUGUGAACUUCCUCCACCAGUCAUCAGCCAGUGGGCAGUAGGAAGCCCCUUGCAGGCUUGUGGAUUAUUUGUCUGCUGCUUUGAGAUUAUUUUUAUUUUUAAUGAGAGAUCUCUUUAGGUCAGUGGGAGUCAGGGUCAGAAUUUGCAGUGUCAAGCCAAGCUGUGAAUACCCACCUGACUGAGAUUGUAAGGUACUGUGUGUGUGUGUGUGUGUGUGUGUGUGUGUGUUAGACCAGGCUGUCUGUCUUUUGUUUCAGAGGGAGGGCAUUAACGUUGUGGAUGUUACCUGAAGUAACUGUGCUGUGUGAUUGUUUGCAGGUAGGGUUGAGUUAAGUGUUUUGUUUCAGUGGUUAUCUAUGUUGGUGUUUCUCUGCUGGGAUUGUUCCGGUGAAGGAGCAGUCCUGUAGAGAAUUGGCUGGCCACACAGAUUUGUUCAUCACUAGCUACUGUCACUCCUAUGUGGCAUCAAACUGAUCAAUCAAUUGGCAAAUCCUGUGCUACCUACACACUAAUCUCCUUCAGUAGAUUGCAGCUCCCUGUCAUACAUCACAUUGAAUUAAUUCUGCAGCUUUUAAUUUUUAUAUUCAGCCAAUUUUUUAAUGGAUUUUCCACAUCCUCCUGAAUGAUACAUGCACUGGCUUUUAAAACACUGCACAGUUAACUGUUCAAAGUCUGUGCUAAACACAAAGCAUGUUACUAUCGCAGCCUUGUUUGCUGGGUAGUAUCCUUUAAAGGGGAUGUUCACAGUGAGGCUGUCUAAGGGAGGGUUCACACUGAUCCAUACUCUAGAUUCGUUACAACCUGAGCUUAAAGUUUUAAAAACAAAGAAAAACUUUUCUACAUUAGUAAAGAAUUGAAAGCUUACCUUGUCUGAAAUCCGAUUUGCAAUAAAAGCAAUCAUGUUUAAUGUGUAGUAGGCAUCUGGGCCAUCCAGCAUUAAAUCACUAGUCCUGCAAAAUAUUGGGCAUCGUGGGUCAUUGAGGCUAAUGAGAUUUCAAGCACUGGUUUAGUUCCUCGCGGCUGGAGCCCUUCAUCCUGUGAUCAGGCUUUGUUGUAAUUAUGAUCACGUUUGCCUGCUAUUAUUGCCUUUGCCCUCUGACUUCUGUUUACCACUGUUUUAGUUUCUUCAGUUUAAUAUUUGUGUUUCACAAUCCCAAAGAGAAUCAUGUUCACAGUUGCACUGAUGUAGAGUACCAUGCAAGCAACGUCCCCACAAUAUAUGUGACAAAAUGUAGUGUCCACCUCAAUACCUGCAGUUGUUUUGGGCAGCCAAUGUUAAACUGUGUCUCCAUUACCCACCUAGCUGCUUAUGCUGUGCCAUGGAAUCCUAUCUUUCAAGGGUGGCAGGAUUAACCAGUUCAUGGCAUGAAAAGCAGUCCAAAUGCAGGAGUGAGCACUAGCGAUAAUGGUGAGCAUGUGGUGUGUGCAUGUGUGUGUCUGAUAUGUAAACCAGGCCAUUUUGGCAGAGAAGGGUGUGUGCUGAUAACGACAGUUAUAGUUAGGAGGUGGGGACAUUGACCACUCUGUCAAUGUUUGUUUGACAUUGUGCAUUACAGUCAUGCCUUGAGUCCACACUCAAGUAAUGCCACAUGUGCCAAGUCAGGUCGCUCGGAACACUGUUUAAUUCAGUGAUUAAAGUAAUUAUGCUUUCUUUUGAAAAACCACGUUGGAUCUUCAGGAGUGUAUCAUUUCACUCCUGCACUGUGACCUGUGGUUUGGGGUUUUGACUUCCAGGUGCAAAGCCACAGCAUUCUUUAAUCGUGCAGCAUUUGCGGGACAACUCUGUAAGGAUUUAGAUACAGUAUCUAGUCGGUUAUGCUGCAUUUCAUUUGCAUUCUGAUCACGCCAUUGGAAAUGUUCCCAUUACCUUUGAAGCGCUACUUUUCCCCUUCUGCUCCUGUGUAUGUUUGAGGGGAUGAAGAAAGGCAGGUGUAACCCAACUCUGAUCACCCAGCUCAGUUUGGUUUACCAUUUCUUAUGACACUGGGGAGAGUCUCCCUUGAUGUCAUCUUUCGUUGCAGAAUUUCCCCAACAGGACAACAGUUGUGUGGGCUGCACCCAAUGGUGCAGCAAUGUUGAUACUUGGGUUUCCAGUUUUCAGUCAUUCAUCUUUCAAGGAAAAGGGCUAAUCAUAGAGUUUUAAGCAAACUUGAUCCAAAAAUCAGCAGACUUUUUCUGAGGCACUGAAAAAUCAUUCAGGAACUCUUUGGGGUUGUCACUCUGACAGUUUGGUAUUGCCUUGGCAAAGUGGUGAAAGAAUGGGUAACAUCUACUAAUAAAAUGUACAAGGGUUGGCAGAGAGGUGCACUACUGUCCGCUGUUCCUGUAGGAGACAGCUUGUGCAACAGUGUCCCAGAAACAUUGCACCCCACAGCCUUGUAAAAUCUACACCAAGUCCAGAGUUGCCUUUGGGAACCAUUUUCAGUUAUCACGUGAUGUGGAGCUGGUGGGAGAGAGCAGAGACAAACCUCCUGAGAAAGUGUUGGCCUGUUUGGUGAGGUGGUGAGUCAUUCAGGCCAGAAGAUGAGCACUGAGCUUUAGCAGAUUAUUUAGCUGCAUCUAGCAACAGGUUAUUGUCCUUGUUGUGAGCACUAGGCAGGCCUGUACCCUUCCGAGUGAGAGACCACGUGUCUCUGCGCUGGCUCAGCUGUGCAAGCUGGAAAAUGAUAAAGCCGUUUGUUCAGGGUGAGCUGAGCUGAAAGAUGGAUGCUAGCAGAGAGACAUUGUCACCAGAAGCAUUAGCAGGCAGCUUGAUGUAUCCCUUGAAGGAUAAACUAAAUGAAGUGCCUCCCUAUGACUGAUAUCUCCUGCAAAUUGUCUUACAGCAGUUUGUUUUUAAACUAUGCAAUUGUAUUUGAGUUUGUAGUAUGCUUUGCAUUUACGAAACUGCCCCUCAUCACUGCAACAUCUGGACAGACUGUUGCCAACCUGCAUUUAUAAUGUUUUGGAUGACCAACUUAAGAUGAACACACCCCACAUACCUCCUGUUUACUGUCUCAUUGUCACACAGCAGCUGACUUCUGCCUGUGUUUCUGCAGUGCUGAGGCUGCCCUGGGGAUGGGACUGAGUAGCUGCCCUUCACCCUUCCUUGUCUCAAUGGGUCACACUGGUAUUACAGUGCACACCAAUAAGGGGAUGACCUCUCUGGCUCAGGGCAGGAAGUAACUGUAAGAAUGUUUGUAUUACAGCAGGGGUCACAACUCCGAUCAGUCACCGCUACCUCCCUAUUUCUGAAAGUUAUAUCUCACCCACAACAAACAAACACUUUUAACCUUUUAUUCAAAACAAAUUUUGUAAAGUUGUUUCAAAUUUAUUUAGAAAGGAAACGGAAAUUAUACUGUUCCAUCACAGCACAAGUGGGAAAAGACAUUUGGAAGCAUUUUAUGCACUUUCUUUUGAAGAAAGCUGCUGAUUGGUGGAAAGGAGGGUUGAAACAUCUUCCCCAACCCAACCCCCAGCUUACUAACUGAUCUUGACCAUUAGUAACCAGCUGGGACUGAAGACCAUGGGGUGAUCCAUUCUCUUAAUAUUUCAUGGCAAAAAAUUCUGAUUUCAAAAAUACAUGAAACAGUUCAUGUGUCUCUCAAAUAUUAUUUCAAUUUGUUAUUGUCCCAGUGUUACAUCCUUCUACUGCUGCCCCAUCCUCAGUCAAUGUCUUUCUUUUUCACCUCGAUCUGAUUGUUUGGUACCAGUGUUUUAUAAGUGCUGCAAUACUUAACUUAGUGGAGUCCCUGUGCAGUGUUACCAGGAGAUUCUGGACACUGAAACUAGGUGUUGGUUGAGGAUUCCACCCCCAGUUUUCCAAUGCCCGUUGUUAGAUCUGAAUGAGUCAAAAUGAAUUAGAUAUUGGUGCAAUAACUCAGCCUCCUGAUGGGAUGUAAAUAUUGUACAAAGUGCGAGCAACAGCAUGUCACUGAGAGAUUGUUUGUAACUUAUUUGUAAAUGGAGUUGUUUGGUUUGAACAACUGAGCUUUCUACGCUGUAAUUAGAAUGCUGAUUUCUCAGCAGCAUGUACUUGGGUUUGUUGCUGUGUGAAAAUAAACUCAAUAAAUUUCUAACUAUUCUUGAAAGCUGGGUACAGAUCAGGGAUGUCAUGUGGCCCACUUGAUGACUUUCCAAAGUGUGCCGUACUGGAUCCCUCUCCAUCUCAAUAGUUACAAGGUACUUUGGUUUGUUUCCACAGUCGAAUCAAUGAGCUGUAAUUAUGAUGGAAUUUCCAAUGCACAUUCAAAAUAGCUCUUUCUGCUGUUUAAACAAAACAAGAAUGAGUAUAUGCAAACUCCUACUCCUCCUCCUCCUCCAAGAGUUUCCUAAUGGGGUCAGUGAUCUGCAUGCUGCCACAUCACACCCAGUUUGCAAUGGGGUUUCUCACCUAUAUUACAUUGACCAUGCAUCUCCCAGUGAUUGAUUUUCAUUGCCAAAAGUGCCAGCUAUAUCCUGGUGGUGGUAGUGAGGCUUUGAUUUGACAAUGAUAGACAGGAGCCCCAUCCUGAUAUGCAGUAAUGCCACAUGUGCAAACUUGGUUCUGUGAUAUUUUAUAACUGUACAUUGUGUAAAAUGUUUAGAGAUAUUUAAUAAUGUUACACUGUUGUUUUUGAAUUUUACUACGAUCAAAGCUUGUAACUUGUAAAAACAAAUUGCAAUGGCAAUAAAUCGUGUCUUUGUA